AUGUUUACUUUAAUAAGCCGAAGAUUGGGCUGUAGAUUAUUGGCUACUACUGCUCAGGUUCCACAGCUGACUGAUGUCUUAAUUGUCGGUGGUGGACCGGCUGGAUUGACUCUUGCUGCUGCUAUAAAGCAGUCGCCACAAUUAAGUCACUUAUCAACAACCUUGGUUGAGGCAGGAGACCUCUCCAAAAUUGCAAAGUUCUAUGACGAUCCUCCAGAGCAAUUCCACAAUCGUGUCAUCAAUUUAAACCCUCCAUCGUUGAAGUUCCUAGAAGAAACCGUUGGUGCCAAGAUUUUACACGAUAGAAUGCAACUCUUUGACGGUCUUUAUGUUACUGAUUCAUGUUCUGAUGCUACACUAGACAUGGAAAAGAACAGAAUUGGGGCCAUGAUAGAGAUUUUUAAUAUACAGAGCUCUGUGUUGAAAAGGAUAGAGGAAAUUAACCCUAGCAAGCUUGAUAUAAUUGACCGUGUUAAGGUAACGAGCAUCACAUACAGUGAUGAAAAUGACCCUACAUCGUGGCCUAUCGUUCAAUUGGAUAAUGGACAAUCCUUUAAGACUAGACUACUUGUCGGUGCUGACGGAAAGAACUCCUCUGUUAGAAAGUUUUCAGGUAUUGAGUCUCGCGGUUGGUCUUAUAAUCGGUGGGGAAUUGUGAUGAGUUUAAAGCUUGAAGACUUGCCAUCCAAACUGCGUGGGUGGCAGAGAUUCCUACCUACCGGUCCAAUUGCCCACCUUCCUAUGCCAGGCCAAAAUGCUGCCUUAACAUGGAGCACCACCGAGCCGCUAUCGAGACUUCUACUAGCUCAGGAUACUGAGACUCUUGCUGCACUCAUCAAUGCAGCAUUUAUUCUUGACAAUGCUGAUAUGAAGUACUAUUAUGAACAACUUGAACAGGCUACUAUUUCCAAAGAGGAACUAAUUCAAGAUAUCAACGAUAGAAUUGAAGAAGUCUACGACAGCCUAAAAGAUGACUCCAUGAUUGACGAAAUCUAUCCUCCCCGGGUUAUAAAUGUUGUUCCCAAGUCAGCUGCCAGGUUCCCCUUGUCCGUUGCUCAUGCUGACACCUAUAUUGAGGAAAGAAUCGCUCUUGUUGGUGAUGCUGCUCAUAGCACUCAUCCUCUAGCAGGACAAGGCCUCAAUAUGGGUCAAGGAGAUGUCGAGAGCUUAGUAAAAGCCCUUGAGAAAGCUGUCAAACGCGGUCUAGACGUUGGCUCCUUGCUAGCUCUAGAACCAUAUUGGGCAGACCGUUAUCCUCCUAACAAUCUUCUACUAGGAGGAGCAGAUAAACUGCAUAAGCUAUAUUCGACCGAUCUACCGCCAAUAGUAGCGCUCAGAACACUAGGCGUAAAAAUCCUCAACAAAUUAGGGCCAUUGAAGAGCAUUAUUGUUAGUAAAGUCAGUGAUACUACUUAG